AUGGAAACCUUUUGCCUCAAGGUGGCCUUUUGGGUAGUGCUGGUUGGAUGUGUAAUCAGUGAUCAUCCUGAGAGCUACAGCACAAACGUAAGCACUCCAGUGGAUGACUUCACCAUUCUUCAUGGGACAGAACUCAACUUCCUGGUUACCACUCAUCGACCCACUAAUUUGGCCCUACCUAGCAAUGGUUCAAUGCACAAGUAUUGCCCGCAGCAGACUAAGAUUACUUCAGCUUUCAAAUACAUUAACACUGUGAUAUCUUGUACUAUUUUCAUCGUGGGAAUGGUGGGGAAUGCAACUCUGCUCAGGAUCAUUUACCAGAACAAGUGUAUGAGGAAUGGCCCCAACGCGCUGAUAGCCAGCCUUGCCCUUGGAGACCUUAUCUAUGUGGUCAUUGAUCUCCCUAUCAAUGUGUUUAAGCUUCUGGCCGGGCGCUGGCCUUUUGAUCACAAUGACUUUGGCGUAUUUCUUUGCAAGCUGUUCCCCUUUUUGCAAAAGUCCUCGGUGGGGAUCACCGUCCUCAAUCUCUGCGCUCUCAGUGUUGACAGGUACAGAGCAGUUGCCUCCUGGAGUCGAGUCCAGGGAAUUGGGAUUCCCUUGAUCACUGCCAUUGAGAUAGUCUCCAUCUGGAUCCUUUCUUUUAUCCUGGCCAUCCCUGAAGCUAUCGGCUUCGUCAUGGUGCCCUUUGAAUACAAGGGUGAACAGCACAAAACCUGUAUGCUCAAUGCCACGUCAAAAUUCAUGGAGUUUUACCAAGAUGUAAAGGACUGGUGGCUCUUCGGGUUCUAUUUCUGCAUGCCCUUGGUGUGCACUGCGAUCUUCUACACCCUUAUGACCUGUGAGAUGUUAAACAGAAGGAACGGCAGCUUGAGAAUUGCCCUCAGUGAGCACCUUAAACAGCGUCGAGAAGUGGCAAAAACAGUUUUCUGCUUGGUUGUCAUUUUUGCUCUUUGCUGGUUCCCUCUUCACUUGAGCCGCAUUUUGAAGAAAACCGUGUACGAUGAGAUGGACAAGAACCGAUGUGAAUUACUUAGUUUCUUGCUACUCAUGGAUUACAUUGGCAUUAACUUGGCAACCAUGAAUUCUUGUAUAAACCCCAUAGCUCUAUACUUUGUGAGCAAGAAAUUUAAGAAUUGUUUCCAGUCUUGCCUCUGCUGUUGCUGUUACCAGUCCAAAAGUCUGAUGACCUCAGUCCCCAUGAAUGGAACAAGCAUACAAUGGAAGAACCAUGAACAAAACAACCACAACACAGAGAGGAGCAGCCAUAAGGACAGUAUUAACUAAACAUCUUAAGAGAUAUUAAUCAAUAAUCCUUCAAAUUCUAUUGGAGAAAAAAAAAAAAACACACAGCAACUGUGUUUCCAGAAAUCUUUUCUCCAAUCCUUCUCCCGUGACUCAGCCCCAAACCCAGAAAAAUGCUUUCCAAAACAUCGGAAGGUAGACUGGUUAUGGUCACAAAUUCAAUGAAUCUUACUUCUUUAAUUUAUCUAAUUUACAUAUUCUACAUGUUAUAUUCCGCACUAAAAAAAUGGUGGGAGUUGGCAGGGGGAAAGGAGACUGUUCGACUAAAUCAGAGGGAUAUUUACUACUUUUGCAUGAAAAUAGAGUCUUCCAGUACAUAACAGCUUCCCUGGCAGUUCUGUGGAAUGUCCAGUGAGAACUGGUUACAGUGAAAAUUUAGCGAUUACGACAAGAUUUUCUAUUUUUUUGAAUUGGCCAGACACAGUAAGGUGAGCAAUCAGGUUAAUGCUUUUCAUGUCACUUUUUUAUUUUUAAAACAUCAGUUCUCAAGCUGCAGCAGAUAUAGGCACUUAAAAAGCCCAAACUGAUAUCCACAUGUGGCAGUGUAAUAGCUGCUAUUCAAAGAAUUUUUAAGAACCUGUAUUUUCUUUUGUAAUGGUGUUUCAUUACAGGAGAUCUGGAGCAUAUUUUUAUGUUAAAUUUUAAAAUAAUGCUUGAAUCAAAUAGUUCUAUUUUUCACAAGCCCAAUCUUUUUUACUGUAGAUAUUUUAUGUAAAAUCAGUAUCAUGUACCAAAAUUUAAAUGUGUGUAUCAUUCAACCAUACCUAAGACUUUCAGUGGAAUGUAUUGAUGUCUAAAGCACAACUAGUAGAAAAAGACUGAAUGUUUUUAGAAGACUUGGAAAUUUUCAUUGAGGGGAUUUUUUUUUGUAAUAGUAACAUGUAUGUGUGUAUUUGGUAAUAGCAACAUGUGUGUGUACAUGUAUACAUAUAUGUACACAUACAUAUAUGUUUUACAUAUCACCUCAUAGUCUCUUGAUUUCUCUAAAAAUGUUAACUGUCGGUAAAACUUUUUUGGUCAUUCCCUUUUCCAUAUAAGAAACCAUUUCAAAGUGGCCAGCUGAGUUUAUCAUGUCAGUGAAAUAUAAUUACCCCCAAAUGCCACCAUGAACUUACAGUUCUUCACUUCUCUGGGUUUCUAGUACGAAUCUAAACACCUCCCCCACCCCCACUUCUCACAUGGUCACCAUUUCAAAGGGCCCACAGUGACUUUUGCUGGGCAUGUUCCAAGAUGUUUACAGACUGUGAGUACAGCAGAAAAUCUUUUACUGUGUGUAUAUAAAUAUGUAUAAACAAUUGUACAUUUCCUUCAGCCAA